CUCUGGCGAAACAGGUAGCUGCUUCUGCCGUACACAUCAGGGACGGAAGAUAUAUCGCAACAUCUUUUUGACUUUUGCCCCAGCACGAUGAAUAGAAACCCUGCGGUUGUGAUGCGCCUGGUGGCCUCAGCCUACGCCGUGGCCGAGAGAGCCGGGUCCAUCGUGAGGAACGUGCUCCAGAGCGGGGAGCUGGGCAUUGUGGAAAAGACCGGAGCCAAUGACCUUCAGACUCUGGCAGACAGACUGGCUCAGCAGAGCAUAUGUGCCUCUCUGUCCAAACACUUCCCUAAAAUUACCAUCAUUGGAGAGGAGGACCUUCCUGAAGAGGAGCCAAGGGCAGACCUCAUGGAGGAGGGCCAGGAGGACGUUAUCCUCCAGAAGUGCUGUCCCUCAGAGUAUAAAGACCUGAAGGAGGAGGAGCUGGUAGUAUGGGUCGAUCCACUUGAUGGUACCAAGGAGUAUACAGAGGGGCUACUGGACAACGUGACGGUACUGAUCGGUAUCUCGUACGGAGGCAAGGCCAUCGCCGGGGUCAUCAACCAGCCUUUCUACAACUACCAGGUGGGAGGAGGCGCUGACCUGGGCAGAACCAUGUGGGGCGUGCUGGGACUGGGCACGUUUGGAAUUGAGGUGAAGGAAGUCCCGGGUGACAGACGCAUCGUCACCACCACUCGUUCCCAUAGCAACAAGGUAGUGACCGACUGCGUGGAUGCCAUGGAGCCCCAUGAGGUCAUCAGAGUGGGCGGAGCUGGAAACAAGAUAAUCCAGCUAAUUGAGGGGAAGGCCUCUGCCUAUGUCUUUGCGAGUCCAGGAUGUAAGAAGUGGGAUACUUGUGCCACUGAGGCCAUCCUGCAUGCUGUGGGAGGUAAGCUGACAGACAUGCAUGGCAAUGACUACCGCUAUGAUGCUAAUGUGAAGCACAUGAACUCAGCGGGCGUGUUGGCCACGCUCCACAACCACCAGUACUAUGUCAACAGAGUGCCCCAGUCAGUGCGCUCAGCCCUGAAGCAGGACUGACACCUGGAGCCUCAGGAGAAAAAUCGGUGCAAUUUAAAUUGACUCCUCUGGCGGUCUCGAUGAUAGCGAGAAGGUUGGUUCGAUGAAGAAGAAAUGGGUCUGACAGCUGAUUGGUUGAUGUCUUUAAUAUGUGAAUGACAAUAUUGAUACGAGGGCAUGUAUAACCUCAUGCAGACAUGAAAAUAUAAAGUGUAUCUUUUAUAAUGCCAAGUCACACUGCUUUUGACACCAGAAUCAAUAGGUGUUGUCAUGAACUGUACAGACGGUUUGCAAUGUAAUAAAGGAGUACUGCAUUUUCA